GGUUACCUAUAACGUUGUUGAGGGUGCUUAUUUUGUUUGUUACAAUCUGUGCUGUUUUCUCAGUUAUUAGCAUAUACACACUCAAGCAUUUUGGGAUUGAGAGUGUUGUCACAACAACAGUGAUGAAAUCUAGUUUUCAGCCAUGUCGUGGGGAACAGGAUAGGUUGUUAGACUUGGAAGAUUGGAUUCGGCCUAAUUCAAAUCCAAUCCACAAUAUGAGCGACAAAGAAUUGCUUUGGAGAGCUUCAUUUGGUCCUAGGAUCAAGGAUUACCCUUUUAAAAGAGUUCCUAAGGUUGCAUUCAUGUUCCUUACCAAGGGACCAUUGCCAUUAGCACCCCUUUGGGAGAGGUUUUUCAAAGGAAAUGAGAGGCUUUAUUCGAUAUAUGUCCAUUCGCUGCCAUCGUUUCAGCCUCAGUUCAGUCGUUCUUCUGUUUUUUAUAACAGGCAAAUCCCUAGCAAGGUUGCUGAGUGGGGAAGGAUGAGCAUGUGUGACGCCGAAAGAAGACUACUCGCCAAUGCAUUGCUCGACAUCUACAAUGAGCGGUUUAUUCUUCUAUCCGAAUCAUGCAUUCCUCUCUACAAUUUCAGUUUCGUCUACAAUUACAUGAUGGAAUCCAAGCAUAGCUUCAUGAGUGUGUUUGAUGAUCCUGGACCUUAUGGAAGGGGACGCUACCAUAAUGAAAUGGCCCCUCUUGUGAACAUAACACAGUGGCGUAAAGGCUCUCAAUGGUUUGAAGUGAAUCGAAAGAUUGCCACCAGAAUUGUAGAAGACACGAGAUAUUAUCCGAUUUUUGAAAAGUAUUGUAGACCAGCUUGUUAUGUUGAUGAGCAUUAUUUUCCAACCAUGCUGAGCAUUGAAGCAGGGAAUGCAUUGGCUAAUCGGAGCUUAACCUGGGUGGACUGGUCCCGGGGUGGCGCGCACCCGGCUAGUUUUGGAAAAUCAGACAUCAGAGAAGAGUUCAUCGAUAGAGUUCGCAGUCGUCACCAAUGCAAAUACAAUGAAAGAAACUCCACAGUUUGUGUUCUUUUUGCAAGAAAAUUUUCCCCUAGUUCUUUGAAACCUUUGUUGGAUAUGGAUUCAAGGGUCUUAGGCUUCUAACACUUGAUAUUUUUCACUUUCAAUUGAAACUAUAGGAAAGAUAUACAUGUAGAAUAAUAAUAACAAUAAUAUAAAGUCUUUUGAAGCUUAGCUUAUAGCUUAGUAAAUCAUAUGGCUAUGGUGAUUGGUGGGUUUCUUGUUCACCAUUUUAGACAUUUUUUGAUGUACAAAGUAUAUGAUUAGCCCUUGUCUUUAAAAAUUUACAUAAUGAUUGAAUCUUGAUCUUCAUAAUUUGUUUGU